AUGCAGAUUGACGAGGACCCCAGUUGGCAAGACCCCAUCAUCGACUAUUUGACGAAUGGAAACCUGCCAACGGACAAGUCCGAAGCUAGAAAGGUCCAGCAGAAAGCCGCGAGAUACUACAUGCACGGCAACAAGCUCAUCCGCAGAUCGUACUCCGGCCCUCAUCUCACCUGCAUAAAGUACCCUCAGACGCUUGAGGUUCUCUGCAAAAUUCACGACGGCGAGUGUGGCAACCACUCUGGAAGCAGGUCGCUCGCCCAGAAAGCUCUAAACAUAGGCUACUUCUGGCCUACCAUGCGUCACGACUCCUCUGAAUAUGUUAAGAAGUGUGAUCACUGGGAAUCAUCUUACGAGAUGUGCAGAACACACUCGGAGUCUCUCAAGGGGGAUCCUGGUACUCGCCAACUUCCUAAGGGAAAUCAUCCUAGAGAUGUGUAG